AUGAUCCAGACUGGACGUAGCGCCGACGCGCCCUCUGGUCCUGCACAGGCCUACUUCUUGGGUGGCAGCUACCUGUACCGCAAGACUUGGCGUCGACCACCUUCAUGGAGUGGUAAGAGGAUUUUCCUCUACUUUGAAGGCGUGUAUCGACAUUGUCAGGUGUUCGUGAAUGGUCAGCCCGCGGGCGGCAAUUCCUGGGGUCUGACGGAUUUUGAAAUCCAGAUCGAUCAGUUCCUGCGGGGAGAUCAAGAGGUCACUAUCGAACUGCAUGUGCAGAAUGAAGAACUGCCGUCCGCGCGUUGGUACAUCGGGUCGGGAGUCUUGAAGCCAGUGUGGAUCGUGGCCCGGAAUACCAUCUCCCUGCGCCCGGGCGGUGUCUUCUUCCAGACUAUAGCGAUCGAGCCUUCGGUGCGUGCCAUGGCCACUGCGGAGAUUGACAAUCCUGCCGGGGAAGUCGUCGAUGUGUCGUUCAGUUUGCUCGACGGGGAACAUGAAGUCGCAAGCGCGGAGCUUCGGACGGAGGGGUUGCAAGUCUCUACGCCGCUGGAUGUUGCUCGGCCAGUCCUAUGGUCUGACGACAACCCUCAUCUGUACACACUGCUUGUCAAAGUCGGAGAUGAAUCCCACAGCGUACUGGUCGGACUUCGCACACUACAAUGGAACGCGCAGAGCGGCUUACUAGUGAACGGCGGGCGGACUCUCCUCCGCGGCGCUUGUAUACACCACGAUAGCGGCAUUCUCGGCGGCGUGACGCUCCCGGACUAUGAGCUCUGGCGCGUCAAGAUCCUCAAGGCCAACGGCUACAAUGCCAUUCGCAGCUCUCACAACCCCGCUCCCGAGGCGCUCUUACACGCGUGCGAUGUGCAUGGUCUGUACGUCGUGGAUGAGUAUCAUGACUACUGGUACAGUCGCAAGUCCACCCACGAUGAUGCCCCUUCAUUCGCAGAUCGAUGGGAGGUCGAGAUCGACGCUAUGGUGCGCAAGGCCCGUAACCAUCCUUCUGUCAUCAUGUACUCGAUCGGGAACGAGUUGAUGGAGCCGAAAUCCGUGUACGGACUGGAGACUGCGAGACGUCUGGUCGAGCGCGUGCGUCUGUCGGACUCGACUAGGCCAGUCACCGCGGCUAUCAAUCUCAUGCUCGCGGCUAUAGGCUGGCCCUCGAAGAGAACGGGAGAUGUCAACGUUCAACCCCCUAGCGGCGAGGCCUGGAACUUGGACAGUACUUCCAUCAACGCUCUCUUCGCCUUCAUCCACUUCAUCGUCAAAAACCUGCCUCGCCUCCCCCGCGCCGACCUCGUCACCAAGGAUCUCUUCCACCUCGUCGACGUGAGUGGCUACAACUACGGCGAGGUGAGAUUCCCCACCGAUGUGCGCCUCCAUCCCGAUCGCAUCCUCCUCGGCACGGAGACGCUACCGGACGACAUCUCCUGGAAUUGGUCGCAAGUCGAGUCCCUUCCCAGCCUCAUCGGCGACUUCAUGUGGACGGGAUGGGACUAUCUCGGCGAGAGCGGCAUGGCCGACUGGAUCUACGACACCAGCAAAGGCAGCUUUCAGAAGCCGUAUCCGCAAAUCUCCGCGGGAUGUGGCGCCGUCGACCUCAUCGGUGUUCCCGGCCACACGGCGUAUCUGGCCCAGGCGGCGUGGCAUUUACUUUCCGGUCCGGCGAUUACCGUUCGCCCGCCCCAUCUCGUCGACAAGAAGACUUUCCGAUCGCCGUGGAGAAAGACCGACGCCGAGCACAGCUGGUCGUGGAAGGGCUGCGCGGGCAAACGUGCCGAGAUUUAUGUCGUGUCGGACGACGAGGAGGUGGAGGUGCUGCUGAACGGCACGUCGCUGGGCAAGAAGCAGGUCGGCAGGUAUCCGUCGCGACUGUCGCCGUCCACGGUUGCGAUUGAAAUCGUCGCGAUUGGGUAUCGUCAAGGCCGCCAAACAUCUCAAACGGCUCUCCGUUCGGCCAAGGAAGCGAGGUUGAAACUCGUGCUGGAGAACAAGACCAUACGCGCCAAUGGCAUGGAUCUCGCUUUCAUCCGUGUGUUAUUGUGCGACGAGGACGGCACGGUGGAGAUGUUGGAUGACGACCUCGUCACACUGUCAGUGACCGGACCAGCCCGGCUCGAGGGCUUUGGAAGCGGUGCGAGAAAGACCUACGAAAGGUAUGAUGACGAUGUCCACACGACGUGGCAUGGGCAGGCGCUGGCCAUUGUUCGUGCCGGCACGGAGCCGGGCAAAGUCACCGUGCUGGCCAACAGCGAUCGUCAUGGCGGGGGAUCUGUGGUGUUGGAGCAAAUUCGCGAAUGA